ACCCUGACUGGAUUUGUGAUCCAUUCCACCCCAAUAGUCAUUAAUUAAUUCCUCCAUUCAUUCAUUAACACCUCCCUCUUGGUUGCCUUGGCCUCACACACCCACGUGACCAUGAAGGUCCCGCCCCCGAAAGCAAAGGCCCCUCCCACGCACUUUUUUCCUGCCAAUGGGAUUGGGCGGAAACCUUCAGUGCGCAUGCGUCUCCCUCCUCCUCCCCCCCCCCCCUUCUGAAAGCUUCCUGCCUUUCUAGAAAAGGAGCUGAACUCGCUGCUUCUUGGAGGAGGGCAGCCGGAAAACCCUUUUUCCUCCCUGUCUCUCUCUGAUUCCUUCCUCCUUGGCUUCCGCAAAGCUCUGACUUCCUUCAGAAAGAAAAAAGAUCCCAGCCAGGAGAAUGAAGAUUGUACGGAGUAGUUCUGGUAUGAUAAGAAACAAGCCAUCAUUUAGUGGAUUUUGAGAAGUUUAGAAGAAAAGGUGGGGUGAAGAAACCAAUCAUUUAGAAAGAAGAAAUUCUCUCAUGGUGUGAUAUUGUUGAACUUGUAACCUCACCUAUCAGAAAGGGGGGAAAAGAAGAGUCACGUGCCCAUAUUGCAAUUGAUUGUAUACAUCACUGUCAACAUGGGGAAGAAGCCUUAUAAAUGCAAUGAAUGUGGAAAGACAUUUAGUAAGCAUAAUCAUCUCGAGUUACAUGAAAGAACUCACACUGGAAUGAAGCCAUAUGAAUGCCUGGAGUGUGGAAAGAGGUUCACUCAGAGAGCACAUUUAAAUACACAUCAAAGGAUUCACACUGGGGAGAAACCUUAUACAUGUCUGGAGUGUGGGAAGAGCUUCACUGAUAGUGGAAAUCUGCAUAAACAUCAAAGAACUCACACUGGGGAGAAGCCCUAUGAAUGCCUGGAGUGUGGAAAGAGUUUCCAUGAGAGUCGAAGUCUACAUUCCCAUCAAAGAACUCACACUGGAGAGAAACCGUAUAAAUGCCUGGCAUGUGGAAAGUGCUUUAGCCAGCAAGGCAGCCUGCAGUUUCAUGAAAGAACUCACACUGGGAUGAAACCCUAUGAAUGUCUGGAUUGUGGAAAGAGCUUUACUCGGUAUGAUCAGCUACAUUUACAUCAAAGAACUCAUACUGGGGAGAAACCCUAUGAAUGCCUGCAGUGUGGAAAGAGCUUCCCUCAGAGAGCACAUCUACAUUCACAUCAAAGAACUCACACUGGGGAAAAACCUUAUAAAUGCCUGGCAUGUGGAAAGAGCUUUAGUCAGCAAGGACAUCUGCAGUUACAUGAAAGAACUCAUACUGGGGAAAAACCCUAUAAAUGUCUAGAGUGUGGAAAGUCCUUUGCUCGUAGUGAAAGCCUACAUUCACAUCAAAGAACUCAUACUGGGGAGAAACCCUAUAAAUGCAUGGAGUGUGGAAAGUCCUUUGCUCGUAGUGGAAAUUUACAAUUACAUCAAAGAAUUCAUACUGGGGAAAAACCCUAUGAGUGCCUGGAGUGUGGCAAGAGCUUCACCCAUAGUGGAAAUCUACAUGCACAUCAAAGAACUCACACUGGGGAGAAACGUUAUAUGUGUCUGGAGUGUGGGAAGAGCUUCACUGAGAAUGGAAGUCUACAUAAACAUCAAAAAAUUCACACUGGGGAGAAACCCUAUGAAUGUCUGGAGUGUGGAAAGAGUUUCACUCGGAAUGAUCACCUACAUUCUCAUCGAAGCAUUCACACUGGAGAGAAACCAUAUAAAUGCCUAUCAUGUGAAAAGAGCUUUAGUCAGCAAGGUCAUCUCCAGUUACAUGAAAGAACUCAUACUGGGAUGAAACCCUAUGAAUGUCUAGAGUGUGGAAAGAGCUUCACUCGGAAUGAUCAGCUACAUUCACACCAAAGAACUCACACCAAGGAGAAACCUUAUACAUGUCUGGAGUGUGGCAAGAGCUUCACUCAUAGCGGAAGUCUACAUUUGCAUCAAAGAACUCACACUGGGGAAAAACCCUAUACAUGCAUGGAGUGUGGAAAAAGCUUCACUCAUAGUGGAACUCUACAUUCCCAUCAAAGAACACACACUGGGAAGAAGCCGUAUAAAUGCUUGGCAUGUGGAAAGAGCUUUAGUCAGCAAGGGCAUCUGCAGUUUCAUGAAAGAACUCAUACUGGGGAGAAACCCUAUAAAUGCCAGGAGUGUGGAAAAUCCUUUGCUCGUAAUGGAAGUUUACAUUCACAUCAAAGAACUCACAUUGGGGAGAAACCCUAUAAAUGUUCGGAUUGUGGAAAGUCCUUUGCUCGAAGUGGAAAUCUACAUUCACAUCAAAAAACUCACACUGGGGAAAAACCCUAUAAAUGCAUAGAGUGUGGAAAGAGCUUCAGUGACAGUGGAGGACUACAUUCACAUCAAAGAACUCAUACUGGGCAGAAACCCUAUACAUGCCUCGAGUGUGGAAAGAGCUUCAGUCGGCAUAGCAGUUUACAAAUACAUCAAAGAACUCACACUCAGGAAAAACCCCAUCAAUGCCUGGAGUGUGGAAUGAGCUUUAUUCAGAGUGGAAAUCUACGCUCACAUCAAAGAAUUCACACUGGAGAGAAACCCUUUAAAUGCAUGGAGUGUGGAAUGAGCUUUGUUCAAAGUGGAAAUCUAUGUUUACAUCAAAGAAUUCACACUGGGGAGAAACUAUAAAUGCCCAUAGUGUGGAAAGAGCAUCACAGAACACAUCUACAUUCACAUCAAAACUUCACACUGGGGGAAAGCCCUAUAAAUGCAUGGAAUGUGAAGCUACUUAAUUUUACAUUUACUGUACACUGAAGGAGAAAUUCUGGAUAGAAACUCUAUAAAUGCACAAUAUUUGGUGCGCUAUUCCACCUAGCCAACAAAGCAUUUCCAUAAGCCACAGCAAUGCAUGGCUGGGCACAGCUAGUAAUUUUAUAAGAUGAUAUAUAGACUAUACUGGACACUAUAAAGAUUCUUGACACUAUAAAGAUCCCCUUCUACACAGACCUUAGAACCAGGAUCUGAUUCCAGAUUAUCUGCAUAUCCCAGAUUAUAUGGCAGUGAGAAAAUCCAAUUCAAAGCAGAUAACGUGAGGUUGCCUUUGAAGACUGCUUGGAAGCUCCAGAUGGGCUAACGGGUGGCAGCCAGGCUGCUCACUGGAAGGGCUGCCAGUCUUCUACCGAUUACAAUUCAGAGUGCUGGCUUUAGCCUAUAAAGCCCUAAAUGGUUCCAGCCCAGAUUACCUGUCCGACGUAUCUCCCCCAUGAGUCAUUUUGGAGGUUAAGAUCAUCUGGGGAGGCCCUACUCUUGGUUUCUACAGCUUUGCAAAUGCGGCUGGCGGGGACGAGAGACAGGGCCUUCUCAGUGGUGGCCCCUCGGCUGUGGAACUUCCUCCCCGGUGAUGUUAGAUCAGCCCCUUCCCUUCUAGCCUUCAAAAGGAAAGUACAAACUUGGCUCUGGGGUCAGGCUUUCAGUGAUUAGUACAGUGAAAUAAUAGACUUGGAACUAUGGAUAAUUGAUGACGGAACAGCCUUGGACUAUGAUUUUCGGAUGAUGUGAUUUUAAUAUCGAAUGUAAUGUCUUAAAUGUUUAAUAUGUAUUAAUUUUAAAUUCAAUUGAUUUUAAGUCUCUGUAUGUAAAUAAAUAACCUGGGAUCAGAUCCUGGGAUAUAAGGAAAGUGUAGAAAGGGCCUUAGACGUGUGAAGACAGUUUUAGUAAAUGUUGGAAAUCUGAGUCAAAUGUUGUGACUUUUCACCAAAUGUGGUGGCCUUGCAAAAUGGCCCAGAAAUACUAGACUCAAAUAAUAUGAUGCUGGAAGAAAUUGCUUUUGUUUAUUAUUAUUAUUAUUAUUAUUAUUAUUAUUAUUAUUAUUAUUAUUAUUAUUUACAGUAUUUAUAUUCUGCCCUCCUCACCCCGAAGGGGACUCAGGGCGGAUCACAGAACACAUAUACAGCAAACUUUCAGUGCUGAUUAUAACAAUGACAAAACAGACAACAGAUUGAGGUAUAUAUAGGCUUUAACAUCUUUUGGCAUCUUUGGAGGCUGUGCUUGGUCCUGGCCAUAUUAGGGUGCUAUUGCUCCAUCUCCCUGCCGAAGAGCUUUCUUUGUUCGUAAACUUCCUCCUUUUUUAAUCAAAUGCCGAGUCUUAAUACCUCCCUGCUUUAAUGCAGUUCCUAUUUAUCCACUCAUAUUUUUUUUUGAAUUGCUACCCUGCUUCCCCGAAAAUAAGACAGUGUCUUAUAUUAAUUUUUGCUCCCAAAGAUGUUCUAGGUCUUAUUUUCAGGGAAUGUCUUAUUUUUUAAUGAAGAAGAAUUCACAUUUAUUGUUGAACAAAAAAAAUUAACAUCACAAGUUAACAUAACCAGACAAACUGAAACCUAUCAAGAAUUUCUUGUUACUGCCACUAUUUCCAUGUACAACAAUCUAUGGUACAUUUACCGAUCCCGAUAGUUAUGAACACAAAACAAGAUUUAUUCACUGACAGUCAUGUCAUCAUCUUCUAGAACAGGGGUCCUCAAACUUUUUAAGUGGAGGGCCAGUUCACAGUCCCUCAGACAGUUGGGUGGCUGGACUAUGAUAAAAUAGUCCAAAAUUAGGAUUGCUGUUGUGUGCCGUCAAGUCUUUUCACACUUACGUCAACCCUAAGUCUAAAGUUUAGGACAGAGGCCAGGUGAAUGACCUUGUAAGGCCUUAGAUUGGGCCCCUCUGAUCUAGACAAUCUCAUAAGACCGUAGGUAAGCAAAGAGACCUCCAAAGACCAUCUAGAUGAUCUCAUAAGGCCAUCAGAAAACCAUAGAUAAGGAAAGGGACCCCCAAAGGCCAUCUAGACAAUCUAAUAAGAUCAUAGGUAAGGAAAGGGUACCCAAAAGCCAUCUAGACAAUUUCAUAAAACCAUAGGUGAGGAAAGGGACCCGCAAAGGCCAUCUAGAUGGUCUCAUAGGCCCAUAGGUAACAAAAGUGAGUUCCAAAAGCCAUCUAGAUGGUCUCAUAAGGCCGUAACUAAGCAAUGAGACCUUCAAAGACCCAUCUAGACCAGGGGUCCCCAAACUAAGGCCUGGGGGCCAGAUGCGGCCCAUCGAAGUCAUUUAUCCGGCCCCUAUGGCACAAGGGCAGAAGGGGGUUGGGCUAAAUGACCCAAGGGGUCUCUUCUUCUCUUACAACCAUUAUUAUUAUUAUUAUUAUUAUUAUUAUUAUUAUUAUUAUUAUUAUUAUUAACAUUGAGGCUGGUUGGCCAUCUGUCAGGGAUGCUUUGCUUGUGCUUUUGGUGCACAGAGGCAGAAGGGGAUUGGACUCAAUGGCCCAAAGGGUCUCUCCAACCCUCUUUAUUAUUAUUAUUAUUAUUAUUAUUAUUAUUAUUAUUAUUAUUAUUAUUAUUGCUCAGUGGCUAACUAUACUUUGGCCCUCCAAUAGUCCAAAUGAUCGUGAACUGGCCCCCUGUUUAAAAAGUUUGGGGAUCCCUGAUCUAGAUGAUCUCAUAAGGCCAUAAGUAAACAAAGAGACCUCCAAAGACCAGGUAGACUUAGGUCAACCCUAAGUCUAAAGUUUAGGACAGGGGCCGGGUAAAUGAACUUGGAGGGCCGCAUCUGGCCCCCGGGCCUUAGUUUGGGGACCCCUGUUCUAGAACAUCAUCAUGACUAUCCAAACCCUGAAUUUCCUGUUGAAUUUCUUGUGACUCGAUUUCUUUCAGAAUCAUUGGCCCAAAUCUCUCAUGUCUAGCAAUAGCACUGUCCUUAAAUGAAUACUUCUUGUCAAGGUAGCCUGCUCAUAGUGCAUUUGUAAUGCAACUGUCAGUGAUUUUUGUCCCAUAAAUUCUUCACCCAAGUCACAACCUCUUGCAGCUUAGGCUUCACAAAGUUUCCGUGCUGAUUUCUCUCCAUUCUAUUUGCAAUGUAGUCAUUAAUUUCCAUGCACAAAUUGUCCUUGAAUGGCUUGUUUAUUGCAAUAUCAAGAGCCUGGAGAUAGGCUGUCAUUCCUGUGGGGACCAUGAUUUGAUCUAUUUUUCUUUUGUGAAGAAAUUUCUUCAUGUCUUUAGCAUGGUGUGUGCUGGCUGCAUCCCAGACUAUCAGACCUCUUUGGCUCCGUCGCAUAACAAGCGGCAGCAUUAAAUUGACCCACUUCCUUAUAACUGCUUAUGUGGCCCAGGCUCUUUCAGUUUCAAGAAUAAAAAUGCCUGAAACACGUUCAAUCUUAUCCUUCUUGCCCUUAGAAAUUAUUAAAGGUUGUACUUUAGUUCCAUCCAGACGAAUUGCCAAAAUACAGGUAACACGUGCACUUUCGUAUGUAGUGGAAGGAAUAUACACUGAGGAGGCACCCCAAUGUUCAAUUGUUGUUUGAGAUGCUUGGCCCAUAAACACUGCAGUUUCAUCCAUAGCAAUUAUGUUGGAAAGAUUGUAUUUAGACAAAUCAGCACCAUCAAUAAAGGACUUGAAUGCAAAUGCACGUUUAAUAAUUUCAGCAUCUUCCAGCCUAAACAGUGUUGUGGAUCUUCUUAAAGACAGUUCACUUCGCUGAAGGAAACCGUCUAGCCAGUGUUGUGAUGCUUUAAAUUCUUUGGGGGGCUAUUUCAAAAUGUGGUGCCAUUGCAAGUGCAAAUUCUUGAAUCUGAGCCCUAUUCACAACCAAAGCCUUUGCUCUCCUGUCAGGGCCGGCCCAACACGGAGGCCACUGAAGCGCCCACCUCGGGCGCACGGUCCCCGGGGGCGCCGUGGAGGCCAGCCAGUACAGGGCGCGCGGGGCGGGAGGCGGGGCCCCGUCUGGGCGGUGCCCCGCAUCCCGCGCCAUGCGCCCUGGCUCCGCCUCCCACGCUGCGCCGCCUCUCGCCCCAUGGUCCCCGGGGGCGCCAUGGAGGCCAGCCAGUACAGGGCGCGCGGGGCGGGAGGCGGGGCCCCGUCUGGGCGGAGCCCCGCCUCUCGCCCCAUGCACCCUGGCCCCGCCUCUCACGCUGCGUGAGAGGCGGGGUCAGGGCGAGCAGCGUGGGAGGCGGGGCCAGGGCAUGGGAGGCGGGGCCAGGUCUGGGCCAUUUCCCUCCUUGCUUAAUAUUUAAAAUUUUCUCAGGCCAGCCCUGUCUCCUGUCAACAACCCAUUCAUAGAUCAGGUCUUCCAGCUCGGAAAAUAAUGGUUGCCGACCAGAUCCACACUUGCACUUUUUAGCAUUUCCGUUGUCCACUUGUUGACUGAGGUUAGUGCAAUCUGCUCGCCAUUUUCGGAUCAAUCUGAUAUCCAACAUAUUCUCUUUGCAGAAAGCAGUAAGAUUUUUGUCCCGAGAGUCUUCCACGAUUCCUAUCUUGUACUCCACAUAAUAGCUCUUUCUUUUUGCGUUCAUGUCUAGGGGGAAAAUGUACCAGCACUGUUUAUUCCUUGUACUUUAGAUCCUUCAACAGAAAACCUGACACCCCUAAAGAAUCAAUAAUAGUAAUAAUAGUAAUAGUAAUAAUAAUAAUAAUAAUCUUUAUAUCCCACUUUUUCCCCUCACGGGACCCAAAGAGAUGAACAAGCUGAUAAUGCUGAUUGAAGAUAAAUUUUUGGUCAUGGUCAAGAAAUAUUGGGACUUGUGUAUUAGUUUUUUUCACAGUGACAUCAAGGUCAAUUGUCAUAUGUAGGAUUUGUGAAUUACAGAAAUGUUACCAAAUGUGGAAGUGUGGUUAUAUAUAGUAGAAUAAUAAGGGAUAAAAACUUACAGGUAGCAAGUAUGAGCUUCGUAGAAUUGUCUAUUUAUUAAUUUGUUAGUUUGUGUCUAUGUCAGUGUGUGUUUUGCUGGUGUGUUUGUUUCUGAUUUCGUUUUGCAUUUUUUUUGUAGUAGCCAGUUACAUUUGGUUCUAGCAUUAUACACUGUAAAAUUUCUGAUUCUGUUUGUAUUAUUGCUUAUUCUUGCUAAGUUUCUCUUUGUCUGAAUAAUUGUUUGGUAGUUUAAUUUUUAAUUGACUCUCUUUGGGGUAUGUCUUUGGUUUUCAUGGAUGCUCACCUUAAUCCAUCAUUUAAAUAUAGCUGGCCCUCCUUAUUUGCAGGUUUAGUUGAUAUGGAUUUGACAUAUUAUCUUAUGUAUAUACCUAUAUAAUAAAAGUGAAAAUAUG